UGGUAUAGCUGUGAGAGGAACUUGCCAGAAACAAAUAUGGCCGUCCUGUGCACUCACUUCCUGUUACAUCACAUACACUCAUUUCCGUGCUGGCUGUGGGAGGAGCAUGCGCAGUGCAGAUCAUUGUCUGCUACCAGGAGGAUACUUAGUAGCAGAACGUCAAGAGGAGUGUAAAUAUUCCGAAUAACCAGACGUUCUGACCACGUAGAUGGAAGAUCUUCUCCUGCGUCAUCUCUCUCAUCAUCGAGUCUGAAGAAACAAAUACAAUCACAAGGAAAAUCCUGAAACGAUCCGUAACGAGGAGUUUGGGGAUAAAAGUGCCGCCACUCGCAGCCGAGGAACCCCAAUCUCCGGUGGAUAAAGUGUUUAGUGAGCAAAAUAGAAACAUUCAUAGAAAUUUGAGGUUCUGGAUACUUUGGAUCCAAUCUCGGCUGUACAGAAAUGGAUCAAACAGCAGAGGAAGCCUUUCCGUGUUCCGAGUGCGGGAAACUUUCCACACAAAUGAGUGAUCUUAGAACACACGAGAGAAUUCACGCCGGGGACAAACCAUACGCGUGUUCCGUGUGCGGGAAAUGCUUCACCUUAUUGGCUAAUCGUAACACACACGAGAAAGUCCACACGGGGGAGAAGCCGUUCGCCUGCGCUGAAUGCGGGAAGCGUUUCAUCACGAAACCCAACCUUAUCCAACAUGAACGUCGUCACACCGGCGAGAGACCGUUUGUGUGUUCCGAGUGCGGGAAAGGUUUCACCACCAAGCAAGCGCUUACCAGGCACGAGCGGAUUCACACCGGGGAGAAGCCGUACGCGUGUUCAGAGUGCGGGAAAAGCUUCUUUACCAAGCCGGAGCUACAGAGACAUGCGCAGUUACACAGCGGAGAGAAGCCAUUUGCCUGCUCGGCGUGCGAGAAAUGUUUCAUCACGAGGUGCGAGCUCAAAGACCACGAGCGCGUUCACACCGGGGAGAAGCCGUUUGAGUGCUCCGAGUGCGGGAAACGUUUCCGGCGGAAGAUGACCCUUAGUUUGCAUGUGAGGCUUCACACGGGGGUGAGACCGUAUCCGUGCGCUGAGUGCGGGAAACGUUUCAUCACAAAGCCCCAGCUGACCCAACACGAACGGAGUCACACCGGCGAGAGGCCCUUCGCGUGUCCCUCGUGCGGGAAAUGCUUUACUAUCAAAUCAGAUCUCAAGCAGCACGAGCGGUGGCACACGGGAGAGAAGCCCUUCGCGUGUUCCGAAUGCGGAAAGUGUUUUAGCAGGAAGUCCGAGGUCAACAAACACCUGAGAACUCACACGGGAGCCAAACCGUUUUCAUGUCCGGAAUGCGGGAAGCUCUUCACUGCGGCAGGGAGCCUCAGCGCUCACAAGAGAGUCCACACAGGAGAGAAACCAUUCGCGUGUCACGAGUGCGGGAAGUGCUUUGGCACCAAGUCAGAAGUCAAUAAACACAUGAGAACGCACACGGGAGAGAAGCCGUUUGCGUGUUCGGAGUGCGGGAAAUGUUUCACCACAAAGUCAAAUCUCGCGAUACAUGAACGACAUCACACGGGCGAGAAACCGUUUGGGUGUCCUGAAUGCGGGAAAUGCUUUACCAGCAAGUCCGAGCUCACCGUGCACGGGAAGCAUCACACAGGCGAGAGACCGUUCGCGUGUCUGGAAUGCGGAAAGUGUUUUUAUACAAAGCAACGUCUCCAGCAGCAUGCGCGAUGUCACACGGGGGAGAAGCCCUUCGCGUGUUCAGAAUGCGGGAAAUGUUUCACCACAAAGUCGGGGGUCAAUCAGCACCUGAGAACUCACACGGGAGAGCAACCGGUCGGGUGCCCUCAAUGCGGCAAAUGUUUUAGCAGAAAGUCACAGCUGAGUACGCAUCAGCGAAUUCACGCGGAGGAGGAGGAGGCAAUGGCGUGCACUAAAUGCGAAAGCAACUCGAGCGAGCGCCAGGAUAUAGACGAGAAAACGCACGUCGUAAUGGGAGAAAUAUAACGGAGAUGAGCAAAUUCACGCAAAAAGGAAAAAAAAAAGGCAGGUCAGAUGAAGAACGCGAUGCCCACCUGAAGCCGGGUGAGGUGCGGAAGGAGAACAAAAGAACAAUUAGAGUCGCUUAAGAUCCCAAAGCCA